AUGGCGAGCACCCCACCUCCUCCCUUUUCACACUUUCUACCGCGAAACUAUAUGCAUGUGUGCCUGGACCCAACUCAUUUGCUCUGGCGUUGGGAGCUCGACCGCCAAAACGGGAAUCUCACCGCGCAGCUUACCAACGCACUACAUAUCAUCACUGAAAUCAGCGAGGUUAACAGGCAGCUGUUGCUGACCAUGGAGUCCGCCGUUGAAGUCAUGGCUGAUAUCUUGGUUGUCAAAAGGAGUAGACCCCAAGAAAGCUUCAACUUUGAAGCACCUGACCUGAGAGAACAUUUUGCCAACUCUUUGAAUUGGGUGGAUCUAUGCGAACAACAGGUGAAUACAGAACAUGUGCCAUUGAACAUUUGCCUAACUGAGAUCAACCGCUUCGUCAACCAAUGCAAAAGGAUGAUCAACAGAGAACCGACCCCCGAACUUGAAGUCGAGGCUUCGUCAUCUCCGACGCCUAUCAAAGAUGAAUCAGAAAAUGAUACUGAAGGUGAAGAUGGCAAGAAACACGAAGAGAUGUACGCGCAAAACAAUGGAGAAUCGAGCUUGAAGCAGAAGGGACGAAGCCUGGACAGCUACUUCCUUUUCAUAAAAGCCCACCGUCGCGACUCUCGCAUUUUCGAGACGGGCACUAAUCACGACUUCAUUGACAUUUUCCUUAAAGGCCUGGACAGCAACACCCUCCGUCGUCGAAUUGCUCACUGGUUGAAGAAGGAAACCUACGAUUGGGUCUGGCUCGAGCAUAUAGUCCUCUACAUCGUCCACGAACAGAAGUAUUUCCUCAAGCAGGACUACGCACUUGCGCACCAGUUCAAUGAUGGGUCUGUUCAGCUGCCGGAUGGAACGAGACAGCGCCGAUUUAUACUCCUCGAGCCUAUCAACGAGGAGGAUCUGACAGCCUCUGAGAAGGAGUAA